CCUGUAUACGUGCGCGUUCUCGAGUGCACUCGGAACAAGUAGAGGACGACGAGGCUUCACCGAGGGCUUUGCUCCAUACCGCCUUAGCCUCUGGAAACAGGCCCGAUAUUUAUAUUGUUACGUAUUUAAAAACAUUUAAUCAUGAGAAGGGAGCUGUUUGGCGUAAUUCUUGCCGUUUGUAUCGUCUGGUUCCAAGCCGAGGCUUUGACAGCGGGUUUCAUAAAAUCACCCUUGUCUCAGAUGAAGCUCAUAGAAGACAGUGCCAAGCUGGAUUGCGAGGUCAUAGGGAACCCCAUCCCCGAAGUUCAGUGGUGGUUCAUUGAGGGUGAAGAACGAAAUGAAACAGGCACUCAGCUGUUUGACGGUGCGAGAGAGGAUCGCGUACACAUCAAUGCCACCUAUAUCAACCAUGCCACCAGCACGCUCAUCCUCAACAACCUAAUGCUCAACGACACUGGCGUUUACGAGUGCCGUGCUUCAAACGACCCUGAUCGCAAUGACCUCAGGACCCCACCCAAAGUCAAGUGGAUUCGCUCACAAGCAAACGUUAUAGUGUUUGAACCUGCAGCCAUCACGACCAAACCAGAGGUGGUGAACGACCAGAACCAGACCUCUGCAACACUCAGUUGCAACCUUACCAACCCUUCUUCUCUCGUCAAAGGCCACUAUUGGACCAAUAAUGGCAAGAUCAUUGACAAGUCCGAAUCAAACAGUGAUGAACUUUACAUUAAACAUGAAAUUAAAAAGGUUGAUUACCACUCUGCUGGACUAUAUGCAUGUGUCUUCCUAACAGAACCUCAGGUUAAUGCGACCAUUGAAGUUAAAGCUCUCCCACAUGUAGUGGCCUACAAACACUCUGAAAAUGCUAAUGAGAAAGACAAGGCUGUCCUAACAUGUGUGAGCCAUGGAUACCCCCUGCCUACUAACUGGAGUUGGUACAAGCUCAAAGAUGUUGAAAUUGAUAAGAUGCCCAUCAAUGGCACUGAUGACAAGUAUGAGAUGAAGAACACCCCCAACAAGACCCUGCUGUAUGUGAAAGAUCUGGACAUCAACAAGGACAUGGGCAUGUACCAGUGCCAAGGCACCAAUGAAAUGGGAUCAGCCAGCGAUAAGAUUCAGCUGCGCGUGCGUAGCCAACUGGCCGCCCUUUGGCCAUUCCUCGGCAUUGUCGCUGAGGUCAUUAUCCUCAUCACCAUCAUCUUCAUCUACGAGAAGAGGAGAAAGCCAGAUGAGAUCAAUGAUGAUGAUGACUCAGGAUCUGCACCACUGAAGAGCAACGCCGCUACGAACCACAAAGACAAAAAUGUCCGGCAAAGGAACUCCAACUGAGAAAGGAGAAAAGGUGAAAUAUUAUUCUGUGUCCUGAUGACUACUGUUGAAGAUAAUAUGGAGCAUUGAGUUGCUGAGUAGCACAUUAUAGUGCACACUGCGAGUUCUUAACCUUCUGCUUGAGUGUAAAUGUCUUGAGAUAUUAAUCGGUCUCCUUUUACUUUUAUUCCUAUCCAUAUUGUGCUGCCAGCAGAUGUUUUUAAAUUUGGGGAGGAGGGGGAAACUGCAUGAUUGUAUUCUUGCUGUAGAAGUGUGUGUGUGUGUGUGUGUUUAGCGAAUCUCUUAAUGUGGGAAUGAGCUUUUUAUUUUUUAGUCUUCCUGGUUUCUCUGCUCCUCAUGAGUGUGCGCACUGCAGCUUUCCGAAAUAUCUACCUGUUCAGCCGCAUGAGAAUUUAACCAUGUUCAGUAUAUACAAAAACACUGAAUCGAGUUUCUAUGACAGCAGUGUCUUUUGGCAAUCGAUUUCCUUUCUGUAAGCCUUAAUGUUUAGCCACUUUAUUGUACAUGCUAUUUUUAAUUAUUGAAAUAAUUUAAAUUAACAACUUUUAUGUGCAGUACUCAUGUCGUCGCUGCACAUUAAAGUGCACUAUUCCAUGUGGAUGGUCAAAUUCCACUUUGUUUUGCUAACAAUUUUCUGUUUAAUAAUCUCAAACAAGCUUAUUUUAAAGUUGCUAAUGUAGUUUCUAAUGUUGAUUUUAGGAUUCCUCCUGCGGACCAAGUGCGAGUACAGCGUGUCAUUUGCUGUUCGCACAAUCCGUUAUAAUUGUUUCCCAAAUUCUAACAUGGAGGACAAUGACGUGGUUAUAAAUAUUUAGGUAAUGUCAGUGAAGGUGGGGUUUUCGUGAAGGCUUUUGCUUAAAUGAUUCUCUCCUAUUGACAGUCAUACUUGCGUUGUAAUACAUUGUAUAAUAUAGUAUCUGGAUGUGUGCCAUUUCCAAGUUAAGAGAUGCAUAAAUUUUAAGACCUGGUUCUUAGCUUCAUAGGAAAUCCCAUACACUGUCAGCUGUACUGACUUGCACAAUCUGAAUAAAGUGAUUUGAUUUUAA